AUGGUAAAGCCGGUUGAGUCAGGGUUAAUUUGUUUACAAGAACUUACUUCGGCGAACAUUCAGAAAGUCUGUCAUCUGUCUUGUCCCUUUCGACUUCUGUUCGCAAUUAUUUCCGCUCAGUUUUCUUUCUUUUCUCGUUUCCUUUUUCUUUCUGUCCUCUUUCCUUUUCUUUUUUUUCUAUUUCUUUUUUCUGUUUCCUUUUCUUUCUUUUCUAUUUUUCUGUUUCCGUUUCUUUCUUUUCUACUUCUUUUUCUUUCCUUUCUGAUUCAUUUGCUUUCAUUUCUUUUCCUUUCUUUUCUGUUUCCUUUUCUUUCUUUUCUCGUUUCCUUUUUCCUUCUGCCCUCUUACCUUUUCUUUCUUUUCUAUUUCUUUUUUCUGUUUCUCUUUCUUUCUUUCUUUCUUUCUUCUUCUUUUUCAUUCAUUUCUCUUUCCUUUUCUUUCUUUUUUUCUGUUUCCUUUCCUUUCUUUUCUCUUUUUCUGUUUCCUUUUCUUUCUUUUCCAAUUCUUUUUCUUUCUUUCCUGUUUCGUUUCUUACUUUUCUACUUCUUUUUCUUUCCUUUCUGUUUCAUUUGCUUUCCUUUCUUUUCUGUUUCUUUUUCUUUCUUUUCUGCUUCUUUUUCUUUCCUUUCUGUUUCCUUUUCUUUCAUUUCUUUUCCUUAA